UGCGUCAUUGUUAUUGUGCGUUGCUCGGAAGACGCUCCAGCUGGUCAACUCUAGUUAGAAAUUUCGCCACUGCUUUUAUUUUUGACACAUUUAAAUUUAUUUGGGGUCAACGCUUAAAACGAAAGAGGAGUCCAAGUGGCGCCAUGUCGAUACCAAACGACGCUUCUUCCUUGGAGGAGAGUUUGCAAGGUACGUGGGUGGAGUCACACUUCAGUGCUGCAGCUUCACAAAGCAACAGUCACCACGGAAGCCAGGAGCUCGUAAUGCCCACGUCCACGCAGCAGGAUGACGUGGAGAACAUGCUGCUGGAUGCCCAACGCGAGUCCGGCAGGAGCAGCUCAGGCGGCAGCUCGCAAUGCAACAGCCCACGCAGAGCACUGACCCCUCUUGUAUGGAGAGGCUCUGGGGGAAGCAGCUUGCAGUCAGAAGAGGACCUUCAGGAACGAAGACAGGAAGUGGAGGUGAUGAUGAAUAAAAACGCGGACUGGUGCAGUCGACCCGAGAACAAUCCGCCAAAGGAGUUCCUGCUCAAACACCCCAAGCGCUCCACCCCGCUCAGCAUGCGCAACAGCAGCGUCAUGAAGAAGGGCGGCGUCCUCUCGCCCGACUUCCUACAGCUCUUCCUGCCCUCCUUAAUCAUCUCGCACAUACUCGCAAUCGGCCUCGGGAUAUACAUCGGGAAGCGCCUGGCCUCCCACCACACCUUGUGAGAAGCUUUGCGUUCGGACCUCCAUGAGACAUCGGCAUGCCUUAACUGAAAAGAACCACUGUGAAAAAACAAGCGAUUGUGAGGGGAAACGCCGGCCCCUCUGACACUCAGACCUCUCCUGCCUUUCUGCUGUUUCCUCCAGCUUGUUUUAAGAUCCGUUCUACGCGUUUGCUUUGAACCACUUGGUCAGACUUGGUAAAAUGUUUGUACUAUUUUGUAAUAUUAUUUGUAUCCAAGGGAUCAUUAGCAUACUGUGAUUACUUCAAUAUAAACUGUGUUUUGAUAUUUGUAAUAUCAAAUGCGAUGCACAAAUAUGCAGAGGGGGCCAUUUUACUAAAAGUCAUUAAACUUUCUUUGCUAAGUACAGUCAGGGCAUGCUGGUGGCUGGCUGCAAUAAUUUUAACUCCUAAAGCACCCACAAGUUUGCUUACCUUAACUUGAAUCGCUUGUUGCAUGUAGUCAAAGGUACAAUCCAGGUGGAAUAAAAUGCACCAUCCUAAAAUCUU